UUUAUUCGCCAUGUUUUAAAUAGGAGCAUCCGACCUCACCAUUCAUGAAGAAUGGCGGCUUGACGGUUGAGCAUUCCACAACUCGGAAUGUUGCAGCGCUUCUUUAACCUUCCUCGAGCAUUCUCCCGUCUCGCAGGUCCUUUACUUCAAAUGGGGCACCACAUGUCUUAUUGCGCGUAUGCUUCACAUCCCCCACUCUCCGAUCUCCAUCAAACCAUGGCCUCAGCACAGUCUAUUUCGUUACAUUCGUGCUUUUAUCUCAUUGGACUUUGUAAGAACAUUGAUACUCUCAUCAAGUUCCAUGGGUUGCUUAUAGUGCAUGGCCUUGUCGGUAAUCUUCUUUGUGAUACUAAGUUGGUCGGUGUUUAUGGCGCACUUGGGGACGUGGGGUCUGCUCGCAUGGUGUUCGAUCAAAUGCCCGACCCAGAUUUUUAUGCGUGGAAGGUGAUGAUCAGGUGGUAUUUUUUGAAUGAUUUGUUUGUGGAUAUUAUCCCGUUCUAUAAUCGCAUGAGAAUGUCUUUUAGGGAAUGCGAUAAAAUUAUUUUUUCGAUUAUUUUGAAAGCGUGUAGCGAAUUGCGUGAGAUUGAUGAAGGUAGAAAGGUCCAUUGCCAGAUUGUGAAGGUGGGGGGUCCGGAUAGCUUUGUAUUGACUGGUUUGAUAGAUAUGUAUGGUAAAUGUGGGCAGAUUGAGAGCUCAAGCGUUGUGUUUGAAGAAAUUGUUGACAAAAAUGUGGUUUCUUGGACUUCAAUGAUUGCGGGGUAUGUACAAAAUAAUUGUGCAGAGGAGGGUCUGGUUUUAUUCAAUAGGAUGAGAGAAGCAUUGGUUGAAAGCAACCCAUUUACUUUAGGGAGCAUAAUAACUGCGUGUACAAAAUUAAGAGCAUUACAUCAGGGGAAAUGGGUGCAUGGCUAUGCCAUUAAGAACAUGAUGGAACUUAGCUCUUUCUUGGCGACCGCUUUUUUGGAUAUGUAUGUUAAAUGUGGGCAAACUAAAGAUGCUCGCAUGAUAUUUGACGAGCUACCUACUAUUGAUCUCGUUUCAUGGACUGCAAUGGUUGUUGGAUAUACCCAAGUUGGCCAGCCCAACGAGGCAUUGAGGCUUUUUGCUGAUGAAAUAAGGUCUGGUCUCUUACCUAAUUCUGUCACUGCUGCAAGUGUUCUUUCGUCGUGUUCGGUCUCUGGUAAUUUAAGUUUAGGAAUGUCAGUUCAUGGACUUGGGAUUAAACUUGGGCUAGAAGAAUGUGCAGUGAAGAAUGCUCUUAUUGACAUGUAUUCUAAAUGCCACAUGAUUGACGAUGCUUAUGUUAUCUUUCGUGGGGUUUUGGAAAAAGAUGUGAUUACUUGGAACUCAAUGAUAUCUGGGUAUGCUCAGAAUGGGUCUGCAUAUGAAUCCCUCCGUCUCUUUAAUCUAAUGAGAUCAGACUACCUUGCACCUGACGCAAUAACACUGGUGAGCACCCUUUCAGCAUCUGCCACCAUAGGUGCUGUACAGGUUGGUUCAUCACUUCAUGCUUACUCGAUCAAAGAAGGCUUAUUUUCAUCUAAUCUUUACAUUGGCACUGCACUUCUGAACUUCUAUGCCAAAUGUGGUGAUGCUAAAUCAGCACGAAUGGUGUUUGACGGUAUGGGAGAUAAAAAUAUUAUCACGUGGAGUGCAAUGAUAGGUGGUUAUGGAGUGCAGGGUGAUGGAAGUGGGUCCCUUUCUGUUUUCUCCGACAUGUUAAAGGAGGAUUUGAAACCCAAUGAAGUAAUUUUCACGACAGUAUUAUCUGCUUGCAGCUAUUCAGGAAUGGUUGAAGAGGGAUGGAGAUAUUUCAAAUCUAUGAUUCAGGAUUAUAACUUUGUGCCUUCCAUGAAACACUAUGCCUGUAUGGUUGAUCUUUUAGCUCGAUCUGGUAGACUGGAUGAAGCAUUGGACUUCAUUAAGAAAAUGCCAGUUCAACCAGACAUUAGUUUGUAUGGAGCUUUUCUUCAUGGAUGUGGAUUAUACUCAAGGUUUGAUCUUGGAGAAGUCGUAGUCAGGGAAAUGUUACAGCUACAUCCAAACGAAGCUUGCUAUUAUGUGCUUUUAUCUAACCUGUAUGCUUCAGAUGGGAGAUGGGGUCAAGUUAACGAGGUGAGAGAUUUGAUGCUACAGAGAGGUUUGAAUAAAGUCCCAGGGUAUAGCAUAGUAGAAAGUAAUGAAGGUGUGCUAUUUCAUUAGCUGAAUUCAUUUGUUAUGUGAUUCAUAUUUUCAUAUUCUCGUUGAGAUAAUCAAGAAACCAUGAAGCUUUGAAAUGCUGAUCUAUGGAAUUUUCUUACUACCCAUGACCUCUCCUUCAAUGGAGUUCUGACGAGGCUUGUCCAAUAGGGAAAUGUCGGAUGUUGUUGAUCAUCUAACUUUACUUGGAGAGUUUCAGUGGAUGGAGAGAAGGAUGUUUGUAUUGAGAAUCCUGUCCGUCUGAAGGGUUUUUGUGUAGAUUAUUUUUUUCUUGGUUUAAUUAAUCCUUCUCCCUUGAGUGACACGGUCUUUGCCUUGUUGUGGAAGGUGAAAAAUCCUAUAGUAGGUUCCCCAUGGAAGAGAUUAGGAUAGGGUGUCGAGUAUGGUGCCCAACUUGAUGGAGCCCUAGUGUUGCAUCCUUUGCAUGAGGACAGUUGAGGAUCUUGAUCAUUUUCUUUGGGUUGUGAUUUUGCUUACACAGUUUGGAGCCCUUUUCUUGAGGAGUUUGGUCAAGGCUUGGCCAUACAUAGGGUUGUAGAGAGAUAUUGGAAAGUUCCUUCUCCAUCAUUGGCAGAGCUUUGUGUUAUUUUUCUGGGGUUUUUGGGAAGAACGAAACAAUAGAAUAUUUAGAGGGAUUGGGAGGCCUUGUUAGGUUUUAUGUGUCUCCACGAGAUAUUGAGACUACGACCUUUUGCAAUUAUCUGUGAGGUCCUCAGUUUGCUUAAUUGAAGGCCAUUGUAGUUUUCUUCCCUUUGUUGUGGGCUGAAAAAAAAAAACCUAAAAACCUACUCAGCUGGAAUCUUCAUACUCACUCCCUCAUGACCAGUUCAUCAAUAGUAAAGACCGGUGGUCUGUCUAAACCUUCCUGCUUUCCUUCUGCAUUGUGAGCAGCUAAGGACUUGCUGCUUGGUUGUUUUCUUCUGAACGCAUAUAUUGGAAUGGGGUCUUCAACCCAUGCCCUCUAAUAACAUCGCGAUAUUGGUUUUGGGAUGUUUUGUCAUAAAUAGAUGUUGCGGAGGGGGCAAGGAGCUGCAUACUCUAUGAUGGUCCAGAUUGUAGGUAUAAAGAACAUAAUCAACUUCCUAUUGAGAAGGUUCCGUCUGCCAACACAAAUUAUACUUGAAGCUGAUUAUACAUAUUUUGAAAAGGACUUAAGCUAAAGUUAUCCUCCAUGAUUACAGUAAACUACAAAGUGAUACAGGAGCGCAACCACAUUUUGUUUGAUCAGACAGAUAGUGACAUUGCCAGUUCUAAAAGUAGAAGUGUUUUUUUUACUUUAUACUUCUGCUUCUUGAUCAGAGCGUGAAAUUGACAUUUACUAAAAGGCUUGGACGAGGACCCAUGUUUUACAACUUGACCAGCAAAGCCAAAGCCUUUUGCCUUUGACAGUAUUGCAAAUUGUGAAAAUUGUUCGCACUACAUGUUUUUGAGCUCCCAAAACAACUUGAGUUCCUCUGCUCUGUGGUGUGAAUUCAUCAGGUAUCAAGCAUCUUGGAGGUAGAAUUGAUCGUUAAGAGUCGUUCGAGGUUAAUUUGGAGUAAUUAUGAGCUAAAAAGAGCAUCCAAGGCUUUAAAGGAGAUAAAAUUUUGAUUUUAAUGUUUUAUGUAACCUACACAAAUGAAUUUUAUAUAAACUGGUCAUGUCAAGCAUGUAUUUGAUCA